ACAGAAUGAGCUAGAAAUCCAGAUGGGGCGAGGUUAGCAUUGGCUAAGAAAAUCAGUUUUAACACGCAAAGAUUAAUCUGCAUUUGAAGACUUGCGUGCAGAUUUAGUUCACGUGUCUGUAGCAGACAAGAGGAAGCGAAAGCCUCUUCUUUGCUCGUAGGAAAUAAAACUGCAACGACGUCAUGUACGCCUCAUCGCCUCUGUUCCUCAUCCUGGUGUUUACCUUUGACCUCUCUCUGCUGACCGUGCAAGCUGGACCCUGCCAGAGCUGCCGCAAACUCACAGAGAACUUCAUCAAGGGCCUGGAGCGAACGGCCAAUAAAAACUUCGGUGGUGGAAACACGGCUUGGGAAGAGGAGAAGCUGGCAAAAUACGCUCGCAGUGAAACCCGGCUACUGGAGAUCAUCGAGACAGCAUGCGAGAAAAACGACUUUGAGUGUAACAAGCUGCUGGAGCAGAUAGAGGACCAGGUUGAGACUUGGUGGUUCCACAGACAACAGGAAGCUCCUGACUUGUUCGAGUGGUUGUGUAUUGAAGAGCUCCGAUUCUGCUGCCCAGCCGGUCGCUUCGGACCAGAAUGUGCUGAAUGUCCGUCAGGCCCCGGCGGUGUGUGUGGAGGUCUCGGGCGCUGUGAGGGAGAAGGAACACGUCUGGGAGACGGAGAGUGUGUGUGUGACCCUGGCUACUCGGGCCCUCUGUGUCAGGACUGUGCAGACGGAUAUUACAGAGAAAAGAGCUCCAAUCACUCGCAACCUCCCUGCUCAGCCUGUUAUCACUCCUGUAAAAAGUGUUCUGGUCCACAAGACUACAAGUGUCUGGACUGCAAGCCGGGAUGGAUCCUUCAUGACAACAAGUGUGUGGAUGUGGAUGAGUGCGGCACUGAGUUGGCUCGCUGCUCAUCCAACACUUACUGUUUCAACACCGACGGCUCGUACGAAUGCAGAGGUUGUGAUCAGGCAUGUGUAGGAUGCAUGGGCAGCGGUCCUGCUCGCUGUAAGAAAUGCGCUCGAGGUUACAGACUGACCGGAGCCAAAUGUCUCGAUGUGGAUGAGUGUAAAGAAAAAGCAAUAGCUUGUCCUGGACUGAACGAAGCUUGUAUUAAUGAAGACGGUUCGUUCCGCUGUGAGUGUGCAGAGGGUUUUAUACGCAGAGACAGCAUCUGUGUGGAGAACCUGCCACUUACCGAUCCGAACAAAGGCUUAUUUGAUGACAUGACGGACGACGAGGUGCUCGUCCUCCAGCAGAUGUUCUUCGGCGUGGUGAUCUGCGCUCUGGCCACGCUGGCCGCCAAAGGAGACAUGGUCUUCACCGCCAUCUUCAUCGGAGGCGUGGCCGCCAUGGCUGGCUACUGGCUUUCGGAGAAGGGCGACCGCAUGCUGGACGGCAUUCUUAAAGGACGUUAACCAAUCAGAAUCUCAGGAACCUGAAAGUGAGGACAGAUCGGCGAACGGUACACGAGCCUAUACGGCGACCUAAACUUGAAGACGUGGGGAGGUUGUACAGUGACGAGUCCAGGGAGAGGCGUGGGGGGGUGGAUUCUAGCAUCGUUGCUGUGUCAAAGGGCUGGGGAAUUCAGACUAUGCUAUGAUUUGUACUUGGCUCUUUUAUAUGCAAAGUACAAUUUCUCUGCUGCUCUGCUGUAAGAGACUUUACAUAGAGACAUUUUUACUACACUCGAAUCCAGAUUAAGAUUUUAGAAAGGGACUGCACUAAAGCUUGGCACGUAAUAGAAUAUAUUUACUGUGUAUGUGUGUAAGGAGAAAGGACAGACAUAUAACAUGACGCUGAAUCUUUCAAUACAUUUAAUUUGGAGUUUCGGAUAACAUUAAGCAGCCUGCUACUUUGACACUUUGUUUGCUCAGUUUAGAUUACGGAUGGAAUGAUAUACGAAACUGUAAGCUCUGGGGAUAUAUAUGAGCAAAGCUAUCACUAUAAAAUAUCCUUAAACACUGGCAUUUGUAAUUGGCAUGGCAAACAACCAGUUUCUUGUCAUGAUAUAUUGUUAUACCUGUAUAUCAUCCCACCCUUAAUUUACACAGAGCAAAAAAUAUAUUCGUUUGAGGAAGAUGAGUCAGAUCGUAUGCCUGAUUUUUUUUUUUUUUCUUUUUUCUUUCUUCUUCUUCUUCACUCCAUCAUAGACACAUUUUCUGAUAUGCAUGAACGCUUGACCUAGGAUGGAUAUUUAUAAUGUGUGCUCCGAAACGUCUUUAACUCCUAUAAUUUGUCGUUUUGUUAUUUUUUAGGUUUAUGAGCAGCAACAAUAAGGACUAUGAAUGUUAUUUAUUUAUGAGUUUAUUUAUUACUAUUCCUUCUAGGUGUAAUUUUUCCUGAUAGAAUAAUAAUAUAAUUAUUAGUAUGUUUUUUUUUUUUUUAGAUAAUUUUUUUUGUGCCUGCUCUGAAUUUAUUUAAAUGUCUUUAUUCAGAUAUGUAUGUAGAACAUCAUUUUGAUGUCGAUAUUACGUGUGUGUUUUAUUAAAUUUUUUAUUUAUUUAUUUAUUUAUUUAUUUAUUUAUUUAUUUAUUAUUAAUAAUAAUUUAAUAUUAUUAUAAUUAAUAAUAAUAUUUGCUUAAAUAUCAGACCUGCUCCUGUGUGAAACUGGCAGGGGUUUAAAAAGAACAAGAAAAACAUUUCAAGGUAAUUCAUUUGUUCUGCUUUGAGGAGUUUUAUUUUAAAUAGAUACUUUUAGCACUUAUAUUUCAAUACAUGUCCAUGACUGAGAAAGACAAUAACUUACAGUGAACCACACCAACCCAUAAAACAACAACAACAACAAAUGAGUGUCAAUCAUUUGUACUUAUUUGUGGGUUUUUUUUAAUUAUUAUUAUUCUUUCCAGGUAUUCACUGUGAGUUACUAUGAAAUAUAGCUGCUAUAAUAUCUCCAAUAAUCAGCCCAACAAUCAUUUUCAUGCUCAGAUAAGCAAAAAAAUGAAUGACAUUCUGUUUAAUGUUUAAUGAACGCUAGUGAAAACUGAAAAACAAAAUGUUUUAUAAUCGAAUGUAAAACUGAAUAUUAUGCUUAAUAAUGGCUUCCUCCAUGUGGAAUCUCCAGGACCUGAUUUUUAGUCUGAUGCAUGAGCUCCUUUUAAUAUGAAGCUUUAAGUUUGUUUGUUUGUUUGUUUGUUUGUUUUAAGUGAGUCAAAUUACCUUGUCUUACAUCGAAAAAGCUAGCUCCAUAGUCUACCUCCAUGUUUCAGAUUUUAGGCUUUUGCUGUAAAAACACCACAGUCAUUGGUUUUAAACGUUUGAUUUAUUCUAUGCCAAAACCAUGGAUUCUUUCAUUAAAGACUUUUCAAUUCA